AUGUUUGCUAACCAUAGACGAUUUUUUGAAACUCAUUUGCUCUGCACCCUCAUCGCGGGUCUAGUCUUGGGCUGCUGUUUGACUCAACUUAUCUAUAAAAAAAACGUUCCUGUGGAAAACCAUCAUCGGCAUUACGAACUAGAGAGACUCUCCCUAGCAGAGCAACUGAAGAAGGAGGUGCGUGUGCUCUGCUGGAUUAUGACAAAUCCUAACAAUCACAAAGAGAAGGCUCUCCAUGUCAAACGAACCUGGGGCAAACGCUGUAAUAUUCUCCUGUUCAUGAGCUCCGGAGUGGAUAAUGAGCUACCCACGGUGAAGUUGGAUGUGGGAGAGGGUCGAGAGAAUCUUUGGCGCAAAGUGAAGGAGGCAUUUAAGUAUGUGUACAAGCAUCAUUACAACGAUGCGGAUUGGUUCUACAAGGCAGAUGAUGAUACCUAUGCGGUUGUCGAGAAUUUGCGCUAUAUGCUAUAUCCCUAUAAUCCCGACGCGCCAAUAUAUUUUGGCUUCAAGUUCAAACCUUUUGUGAAGCAGGGUUACAUGUCAGGAGGAGCAGGUUAUGUGCUGAGUAGGGAGGCACUGCGGCGAUUUGUUGUUGAGGGUAUACCCGAUCGCAAGAAGUGUCUGCCUGGCACCGUUGUAAACGAGGAUAUUGAAAUCGGGAGAACCAUGGAGAAUCUAAAUGUGACCGCGGGCGAUUCUCGUGAUGAUCAUGGACGCGGCCGCAUGUAUCCAUUUGCGCCCAGAGAUCAUUUAACUGCCAAAGUUGAUACGACGUUCUGGUACUGGAAAUACAUAUACUAUAAUACGACAGAUGGUCCCAAUUGUAUGGCAGAUACGGCUAUAUCAUUUCAUUACAUCUCGCCCAAGGAAAUGUAUGUACUAGACUUUUUAAUUUAUCAUCUUAGACCCUUUGGCAUUAUCAAUGAACAACUGCCGUUGCCCAAAAAACUGGCUGUAGGGGAAUCUAUGCCCGAGCGAAAUACAACAGGACUGCAAAUAGCACAUUGA